AUGGCUCCCACUGCAACCUUCAUUGCGAAAACAGCUCCUGGGGACGCUGAAAGAGCGCAGAACCAAGGGCCGAAGCAGGUUCUUGUUAUCGGGUCUUUGAACACUGCUCAGGAUGGAACGUACCAGUCGUUGAUCUCCGACCUCACAGCUAGUCACGACAACAACGUAGAAAAAUUGCUUUUUGACCGUAUAAUAGAUCAAGCUGCUCCCUUGGUGGCGUCGAGUCUUGACGAAAUCCAUGUUCUUCUGUCCGACUCUGAUUAUCGGAAGCUGCUAAUUCCCCAUUUUGAAACCUUCUUAUCAACCCUUCAUUCAUCUCUUGCUCCUUCCGGGACGAUAUGCAUCAUCAACCCAGCCCCUAGCGUGUUACAAUCCGUCUCAAGUCAACUGGCUGCCUCUGGUUUCACAAUUUCAUCGCAAACACCUUCAUUGUUAACUGCCAAAAAGCCGUCUAGUGCGGCAGCAUCUUUGAAAGUAAAGACAACUGCUGCUGGCGUUGUGGAGUUGUCGAAUUCCACGCCUCCUUCAGUGACGCUCAGGAAUAGACGAAACAUCGAUCCAUCUCGUAAAGCCAAGGCAGCAGCUAUAUGGGCAGUUUCGCUAGCUUCAGCAGCCACCAUAGACCCAGACACUCUCCUCACCCCCGAGGAUCGAGCACGUCCCAUACCCACAUGCGAACCUCCCUCAUCCGCUGAUGGCCGAGCUGUCAAGCGCAAGCGUGCAUGCAAGGGAUGUACGUGCGGACUGGCCGAACUUGAGGCAGAGGAAGAGGAGGCAGCAGCAGCUCACUAUCAGCAGCAGCAGCAGCCUGUUGUCGUUCUUGACACGCGCGCUGACAAUGAGGGUGGGUUGAUCAAGGAGAUGAGUUUGAGUGAUAGGGAGAAGCUGAAGAUCGCGGCUCAGAAUGCUGGUAAGGCCACUAGCAGCUGUGGGAGCUGUUUCCUUGGGGAUGCAUUCCGAUGCGCAGGAUGUCCUUAUCGGGGCGAGUGUCUCUACUUGGGCUUGACCCAUUUCUUUUUGAGAUUGCCGGCGUUUGAGCCCGGCCAAAAAGUGGAAAUCGAUUUUGGCAUGGAUGAUUUUUAG